ACCGGAUUUCCUAGCAGCGAGUACACAUUUUCUUGGUGCGCUCAUUUCCACCACUCUUAGUCACAUCCGAGCAAACCUGAAUCUUCUCCUGCUCGCGUUCUCAGCACGACGCAUCGCGAUGCAAUCCGAGGCGCCCGCAGCAAUGGGCAGCGCGAUUCCGGUGGUGGACCUGUCGGCGGGAGAGGCGGCGUGCGCCGCCGCCGUGGACAAGGCAUGCCGCGAGGUCGGAUUCUUCCUGCUGGCCAAUCACGGCGUGCCACGUCAGCUCAUCUCCGACGCCUUUCACCAGACACGGCUCUUAUUCGGCCUCCCACCCGACGCCAAGGCUGCCGUCCGACAGGACAGCAACAACCGCGGGUACACGGCGUUUGAGGAGGAGGUGCUGGACCCCAAGGUGCAGAGAGCGAGGGGCGACACCAAGGAGGGCUACUACAUCGGGGUGGAGAUCCCCCCCGACGACCCCAGGGCCGCCAAGCCCCUGCACGGACCCAAUGUGUGGCCAGCGGCAGGCGAGGGGAAGCCAUGGCGCGUUGAGCCCAGGUGGGUUGGUUGGUGGAUCACAUGGCGUGGUGAUGAUGAUGAUGAUGAUGAUGAUGAUGAUGAUGAUGAUGAUGAUGAUGAUGAUGAUGAUGAUGAUGAUGAUGAUGAUGAUGAUGAUGAUGAUGAUGAUGAUGAUGAUGAUGAUGAUGAUGAUGAUGAUGAUGAUGAUGAUGAUGAUGAUGAUGAUGAUGAUGAUGAUGAUGAUGAUGAUGAUGAUGAUGAUGAUGAUGAUGAUGAUGCGGGUCCGGCCAGGCAUACCGGCACACACGUGGAUCUCCUCCCGUCCUUCCGCCCCACCAUCACCGCUUACUUCACCGCCUGCCUCUCCCUUGCCCGCCGCCUCCUCCCCAUCCUCGCACUCGCGCUUGGGCAGCCGCGGGACUUUUUCGACCUGCCCGGGAGGUUUGACGACCCGAUAGCACUGCUGCGCCUGCUGCACUACUCGGGGGAGGCGUCUCGGCCACAGGAGGGGGUGCUGGGGGCGGGAGCACACACGGACUAUGGCAUGCUCACCCUGCUGCUCGUGUCGCAUCCAGGACUGGAGAUUUGUGUGGACCGCAGCAGCGCCCCCCAGCGGUGGGUGCGUGUGCCGGUGUUGCCCGGCGCGUUCAUAGUGAACAUCGGGGACAUGCUGGAGCGCUGGAGCAACGCCACGUGGCGCUCCACGCUGCACCGCGUCGUCGUGCUGCCGGAGGGGGAUGGGGAUGGGGAGGAAGGCUGCACUGCGCACGUUGCUGACACUGAUGACACUGGCAGUGGAGGUGCUGCUGGUUCUGCUGGUGCUGCUGCUGGUGCUGCUGCUGCUGGUUCUGCUGCGGGUGAUGGUGGCAGCAGUACCAAGGGCGGCAGUGAAACCCUGGCGCCUGGGCGUGUGUCCUUGCCGUUCUUCUUCGAGCCCAACUUUGACUGCGUCGUCGACUGUGUGCCCUCCAGAGUCGAUGCCGCCAACCCGGCAAGGUUUCCCCCCACAACCAGUGGCCACUACCUGCUCUCCCGCUACCAGGCCACUCACAAGGACUUGCACGCCUCUCUCAGAUAGUCCUGUCAGUGGGUGAGCAGGGGGCUGCGGUUCGGAGGUUGUAGCGCCACGCCACUGGUGAACACGCCACUUGUGACAGCACUACCGCCUCCCCCGCUACCAGGCCACCCACAAGGACCUGCACGCCUCUCUCGGAUAGCCCUGUCAGUGGGUGAGCACUGAGCAGGUGGACUAGAGUGGUUCUCACGCCACACCACACCACCACCUGCUCUCCUGAGAGAGGAAUGGAGGCCACGCACGCACAAGGACCUGCUUCGCAUGCCUCUCUCAAGUAGCCCAUGCAUGCACCAUACCCCUCCCCUUGCAGCCAGACACUAACACUCUCCGCCUGCGUGCAAUCUUGCAAACUUCCAGCUAGAAAUGUAUCGCUAGCGCGCUUGUACAGUACAGUACAGUACACUACACCACCACACCACUACAGUACAGUACAGUACACUUACUCUCCUGUAUAUUUCCCACCUUCUAAUGCUAUUGACAGCCACUCCGCAACCGAGCCCCAAUGCAUUUCCUGCAUGAAAUGUACCGAUAGCAUGCUUCCUCUCUGCAUGAAAAGGCAUUGGGGGCGCAUGAAGCCUCGGUGCAUGAAAAAGGAAUGCUGUGCUGUGCAACCAUCUCCGUUGGUGUGGUGGCUUUCGAGUCGACUCAAAAGUCUCCAACCCGACAGAUGUAGUGUGUGAUGUGGUGGUUGGAACUGCAGUACUGAACUGAGGUGUGGUGCAGUGCAAUUUCAGUUCAA